GGAAGUCGGUUGCCUUGUGAUAUUUGAGGAAAUCCAUUCUGGCCGAAGUUCACUUGCAAAAAGUGGAAUAAACACAAAAUAUAAUCACUUGUCGGGGGGUGAGCAUGGAGUUCCCUGGAGGAAGUGACAACUACCUGACAAUCUCCGGGUCCAGCCAUCCCUUCCUCUCGUCUUCAGAGACCUUCCACACCCCCAGCCUCGGCGAUGAGGAGUUCGAGAUCCCCCCGAUCUCUCUGGACCCGGACUCGGCCCUCACCGUGUCGGACGUGGUGUCGCACUUCGGCGAGCUGUCGGACACGGGACCCUCGGACAGCGUGGUGGUCCCCGGGAACGCCGUGGUGGAAGGGGACGACCCGUCGUUCGCCUCCACCUUCGUCAACGCCCCCUCGCAGGGGCUUGAGCACCUGAGUCUAGGGGUCAUAGGUCACCAGUCGGGAGGCGGCGCUCUGCUGGGGUCGUCACUGGGGAUGGACCUCGGCCAUCCGAUCGGCUCUCAGUUCAGCAGCUCGGUCACCAUCGACGUCCCGCUGGGCGACAUGAGCCAGGGCCUUCUGGGCUCCAGCCAGCUCACCACCAUCGACCAAUCGGAGCUCAGCGCUCAGCUGGGGCUCGGCCUGGGAGGAGGGAACAUUUUACAACGCUCCCAGUCGCCCGAACACCGGCUGUCGGCCACGGCGUCGCCCACCAGCUCGCUGCAGGACGACGACAUGGACGACUUCAGGAGGAGCGUCCUGGUCGAGUCCCCCGUCUCUCUGGCCGUCUCCCCCGCCGUCAUCUCGCUCGACCCCUCGCUGUCGGCGCCCCCUCUCUCCGCUCCGGCCUCCAGAGAACAACAGAAGAGAUACCCCAACGAGCAUCAGAAACCCGUGUCGGCCUACGCCCUGUUCUUCAGCGACACGCAGGCGGCCAUCAAGGGGCAGAAUCCCAACGCCACGUUCGGAGAGGUGUCGAAGAUCGUGGCGUCCAUGUGGGACAGCCUCGGCGAGGAGCAGAAACAGGUUUACAAGAGGAAAAACGAAGCGGCAAAGAAGGAUUACUUGAAGGCGAUGGCGGAGUACAGAGGCGGACAUUUUUCUCAGGCUCCGAUUGAAGUGAUGGACACCUCCCCGUCGCCCCCUCCUCCAGCCCCCGCCCCCUCCAUCAAGACCUCCCCCGCCUCCACCCUGUCCACUCGCACCACCCGCUCCCAGCACUACAACCCCGAGGAGAACACCAUCACCAACAUCUGCACGUCCAACAUCAUCCUGGACCUCCCCCAGGUCACGACGCGCUCUCGGACUGGCGCCAUUAAACCCCAACCCCCACCGCCCCUGCAGAACCCCCCCGCCGUCACCAAAAUCAUCAUCAAACAAACGCAGCUGCCCUCCGGCGGCGUGUCCGUCACGGCGACGGCCGCCUCCUCGCCGCGGCAGCCUCCGCCCCUCCAGCAGAUGCAGAGCAACCCUCCUCCCCCGCGGCUGCAGCAGAUGGUGCGCGCUCAGGCUCCGCCCCCUCUGCAGGCCAAACCGCGGGGAGGAGGAGCAGCCGCCGCCGCCAAGGCUCCGCCCCCGCUGCAGAUCAAAGUCGUCCCGCCGGCGAGACAGUCGGACGCGAGCGUGCCGAUCAUCGUGACGUCAUCGGGCGACGCGCCCACAUCGGUGUCGCUGCUGGGUCUGAGGAUGGAGGUCGGUCAGUCGGGCGACGUGGAGGCGGGAGGAGAGGAAGUGGUGGAGGCGGAGGAAGGGAUGGAGGUGGAGGUGAACAUCGCCCCCGUCCCCAGCAUGACCCCCACCGCCGGCCGGAACGUGUGCGUGCGCGCCGGCUGCAACAACCCGGCCGUGGAGAGCAAAGACUGGGACAAAGAGUACUGCAGCAACGAGUGUGUCGCCAACCACUGCAGAGAUGUGUUCAUGGCCUGGUGUUCCAUCCGAGGGCAGAACUCCACCACCGUCACAUAGGGAAGAAGAAAAACUGACGAGCAACAAAAAAAAAAAAAAAAAACUCGCCAGUUUAUACGCUUCACGGAGAGGAAACACGGACAAGGAACAGAAAAUAAAUAAAAAUUAACACGAAGGAAUGAAUGGUCAGGCUCAGGUAUCGGCACAUAAUCAUGAGGG